UAAUUCGCGGCGGCGGCCAGCCAUGAGCUGUUUGGAUGUUAUGUACCAAGUCUACGGUCCUCCCCAGCCCUACUUCGCGGCAGCCUACAGCCCCUAUCACCAGAAACUCGCCUUUUACUCCAAAAUGCAAGAAGCCCCGGAGAGCGGCAGCAGCGCCAGCGCCAGCAGCUCCUUCUCCAGCCACCCCGCGGCCAGCAUCAAGGAGGAGGACUGCAGCCCCGAGAAGGAGCGACCCCCCGAGGCCGAGUACAUCAACUCCCGCUGCGUCCUCUUCACCUACUUCCAGGGGGACAUCAGCGCCGUGGUGGACGAGCACUUCAGCCGGGCCCUCAGCCAGCCCAGCAGCUUCUCGCUGGGCAGCGCGAAGGCAGCGCGGAACGCCGGCUCCUGGCGGGACGGCUCCUUCCCGAUGAGCCAGCGCAGCUUCCCACCAUCCUUCUGGAACAGCACGUACCAGCCCUCCUCGGUCCCAGCCACCCUGAGCAGCCCCCUGGCAGCUGCCGCCCACAGCGAGCUGCCCUUCGCCGCCGCCGCCGCCGCCGACCCCUACGCGCCGGCCUCUCUGCACAGCCACCUGCACCAGGGUGGCCCCGAGCCCUGGCACCAUGCCCACCACCACCACCACCACCACCACCACCACCCUUACAUCGGGACGCAGAGCACCGCCUACCCCCGCCCCGCCGCCAUGCACGAGGUCUACGGGCCCCACUUCGACCCCCGCUACGGCUCGCUCCUGGUGCCCACCGCCUCCGUCCGCCCCCACCGCCUCACCCCCGCCUCCGUGCCCACGCCGGUCAGCCCCCCCUGCGAACUGGGCAAGAGCGAGGCGGGCGCCGCCGCGGCCUGGACGACGCCGGGACCCUUCCCCAACGCGGCGGGGGAGAUGAGCCUCGGCCUCAACGUGGACACAGGUAAAGAGCUGCCCGCCGUCCUUUCUUCUUCCUUUUUUUUUUCUUCUCUCCGUUCUCAGGUUUGCAGCCUCAGGAUAAAAGCAAGGAUCUAUACUGGUUUUAGAGCUGUCCUUCACUCUUCUUCCCCUGGCUCUCCCCUGUAGAUCUCUGCCUGUUAGACAUGGUGGCAUUCAGAGCUGAAAUCGGGUCAGUUUGUAACAGCUUCUGAUCUUGGUUUGCAGCUCGCCGUUACUCCUUCUGUGGUGGAUCCCUUCUGAGCUGAUGUGCUGACUCAAAGACUCUCAGAUCCCCCCUUGCCCUUUUCCAAGCCCACCGUGGCCCGGCAGCUCGGGGAAAGACAACGGGACUUAAAAGGACCCGGCAUUGCAAGGACGGUACUUUAGACUUAUUUCGGAGAGGAAAAUCCUUCUGUUGCAAGAGGAGAGCCAAAGACGUUGAACUUCUAUUUAAGCAGACCCCACAGCCAGAACUUCAGUCAGACUACUCUAAAAGAGUCAAAUGAUGUCAUGGAUGGUGAUGCAAAACCACUGGCCUUCGUACAGGGCACAGAGGAAAUCAUGGGGGGUUUUUUUUAGUGGUGUGAAUAUUUUUUUAUGGCAGUAAAAAUUAUUUCUCGAAUGCAAACAUGGGAAAGCUACUUAGCAGUUUUGAACUGGAUUUUUACUUUACAUUAUAGAAAAGUAAAAGGAGAAGAAACUGGAACUCACUAACAUUUUCGGGCUAUCAAGGAACUGGUCAGAUUUUUCAGCUUUGUGGUUGUGAGUGGCAAGUGUCUGGCCGGGGCCACCUGCCCCGGGCUUACAGAGAUGCAGCUGUUCCACGCACAACUGCUCAAACCCCAGAAAGACGAAAACCAAGGUGGCACUUCUCAGAGUUUGGCACAACAUUUGCAUUGGAUAUAUAACGGUUGUUUGGUUGUGGUUUUUUUUUUUUUUGUUGGGUUUUUUUUGUUUUGUUUUGGUUUUUUUUACAAGAAACAUUUCUGGUGAAAGUAAACCCCUCUUAAAGCAGGGGGAGGAAGGAAACCCGUGAAGAACGGCUCGCCCUCAAUCCAACAGCCUUUAAGGGGAACACCAGAAGGAAAGGCACGUGGUGGACAAUAGGUCUGAGUUGCCUCUAACAUUUCUCUUUGUCUACUUGUUGCUGUCAUUUUGUCACUUUAAUAGUUGUUUUGUUUGGGGUUUUUUUGAAAGAGGGAAUAAGAUAUCUAUUUAACAGUAGGAAAGCUGCAUUAAAGGUAUCUCCUUCUUUCACCCUGUGUGCUUUUAUGAAGAAUUAAAGCUAAAUAAGAGAAAUGAGGCAAACUGGAAACUUCAGGAUGAAAUAGGAAAAAUACCUGUCGUGUGGAUGAAGUGAGUUAUUUUAUUACUUUGCAUUAAAGAUAAAUAGAAAUCCUAGCAGUUGAAAAUAUUUUCUUAGUAAAAAAUACAGUGAUAAAUACAAAAGAUAAGAAAAUGCAAGAUUGUUGCAAUGCUACAUUUUAGUGUACGGUGUAUCUGUAAGAUGGGUUAAAGUAAGAGGGCUGCUCCAUAAUAACAGAUGUUUCUUUGUGAAGCUGAUAGAAGAGAGGACUGUAGCAUUUAGCAUUGCUAUUGCACUGGUAAAUUAAAAUGCUAUUACAGGGUGAUGAAUAAUUAAUGAAACAGUGCAGAAAUGGCAAAUUCACCCUCUACUCUAAAAGCUGACUUUUUUACAGGCAAAACAUUUGAUCCCAACACUACCAUGUUUUGGUUUUUUUCUGUUUUUUCUUAAUGUAAUGUCUUUCAAGGCUGACAAAGUUCAAUGCAUGUAAGAGAAGAGUCCUAACAUUACCCCUCUGACACCAGGAGAAGCAGUAGAAAAUGGACUUUUGUGUUGUGAUGAGAGUUUUUACCUUCCGACACUCUCACAUAAUCUGGCAUAAUGUUCACCAUGUGUCAGAAAUGGAGUUAUGAAUAACCCAAACUUGCUUCUUCUAGGUUUCAGCUCAGCAAUAACUCUGUUUCUGGGAAAGAAUAGGAAUCCUGAUAGUGAGAGUAUGAUAAAGCAGCGUGAGUAAAUACUGUGCGAAGCUGGCAAGGAGCAAUAUGUGCAGAGCAUCCCUGGCCAGAGCUUGGCAAAUGGCAGGAGGUGACUUGCUGGGAUUCCUUCAGCCAGACCCUGAGCAUUUCGCCCUCAGCCUCCAAUUAGCCAGAGCUCAGACAAGCUGUAAAGGGCAAGGGAAGGACUCCAGAAUUUAUAUUACCAGUUAAACCAAAAAUGUUCUGAGGCAUCUAUCAAGAAAGAAGGCAGCAGUACUUUGCAGGAGAAAAGUAACUAAAAAUAGCAUUUAACUUUAUUGCUGCAGAGGCUUGGAGAUAACAGGAUCGUUCCGUGAGUGUUUGCCUGCAGGUUUUUUUUAGGCUGUUUUUAA